UUUCUUUAUUAUUUCAGAUUAGCAGAUGACAUUGGCACAAAACAACCUUUUUAACAUUGGAUACAUCUUCAAUAUUUAUCAUAUUUAAAGACUAAAAAGAAUAUAUUCUACAGAACAGAUAUGACAUUAUUUCUAUCACUCUAUGAUAGGAUGACUGAUAUAUUUGCUGUGAACUGAGAUUUGUAGCAACAUUUCUCUUUGUCAUUGUCUGCUGCUUCUGCAUUCUAAUUAACCAAUUAGCAUUUAAACAGGCCAUAUCAGCCAGUAAAAACUAGCCUGGUCUAGCCUCUCUCACCUAUCAUACAAUGUCAUCUUAAAUAUAGACAAUAAUAUAGAAAUCUCAAAGCUUCGAGACAAUACAUGAUUAAUUCAAAACAAUAUGAGUAAAAAAGCUUUACAUUUCACAGAGUAAGUUGAAUGCUAAAGGGUUAAACUUGAAUACAAUUUUAAAGAAGUCUGCAGCAUCUUCAGGUAUCGGUGAAGAUCACAGUUGAUAGCAGUGGAUAGAGUUUUUGCAUUCUUUGAAGAGAUGUCGAAAAAGUUACGAGAAGCAUCAUUUCAUUGCGAAAUCUGUGGUAUAUUAUUCUCUAGAGGUAUUGACUUAACUAGACACAUACGUAUUCAUACAGGAGAGAGACCGUUUCAUUGUGAUUUCUGUGGUAAAUCAUUUUCUCGUAGCAAUGUCUUAACUGUACACAAACGUAUUCAUACAGGUGAGAAACCAUAUCAUUGCGAUAUCUGUGAUAAAUCAUUCUCUGAAAAUGCUAAUUUAAAUCGACACAAACGCAUCCAUUCAGAAGAGAAACCAUAUGACUGUGAUAUCUGUGGUAAAUCUUUCUCUCGAAGUAGUGACUUAGGUAAACAUACACAUGUACAUACUGGGCUUAAACCAUAUCGCUGUGAUAUUUGCGGUAAGUCUUUCUCUCAAAGUGCUAACUUGACUAACCACAAGCGUAUCCACACAGGAGAGAGACCAUACCAAUGUGAAAUCUGUGGCAAAUCGUUUGCUCAGAAAUGUAACUUAACAACACAUAUAUCUAUCCAUUCAAAAGUGUGAGACCAUAUUCUGUUACCCCUUUACUUGUUUCAGUCGUUUCACUGCGGCCAUGCUGGAGCACUGCCUUUAGUUGAAUAAAUUGAACUCAGGACUUA